CCAAGAGCUGCAGGAGUCCUAGCAGCAGGAGCAGCCCACGACCCGGGCUAGAGCCCAAGCGGCAUAGGGGUACUGAAGCAGCCAUGUUUGUUCCAGCAUCACAGGCCGCCCCCGCCCCCAGCUUUGGCCUCUCCAGCUCACUUCCGGGGUCAAAGGGCGGGAAAAACGGAAGGGGGAAAAGGCCAUUGCGCUUAUAUGGGUGGCUUGGAUGGUCCCGAAGUAUUCUCUGGUUCUCUGUGCGAUCGUUGUGUAUGGAGUUUAAGAGUUGUAUCAUGGGUUCCUGCUUACCUAAGCUAGUUUUACCUAUGGAAUGGUCCAUUUACACAACUCCUGUGGAAAGAUCACAAGAUCAAUUUGACAACUUAGAAAAACACACACAGUGGGGAAUUGAUAUUCUAGAGAAAUACAUCAAAUUUGUCAAGGAACGGACAGAGAUUGAAAUCAGCUAUGCAAAACAACUUAGGAAUCUUUCAAAGAAAUAUCAACCCAAAAAGAAUUCAAAGGAAGAGGAAGAAUACAAGUAUACAUCAUGUAAAGCUUUCAUUUCCACUUUGAAUGAGAUGAAUGAUUAUGCAGGGCAACAUGAAGUUAUUUCGGAGAACAUGACCUCACAUAUUACUGUGGAGUUAACUCGAUAUGUACAGGAACUAAAGCAGGAAAGGAAAUCGCAUUUUCAUGAUGGUCGGAAGGCUCAACAGCACAUUGAAACUUGCUGGAAACAACUUGAAUCAAGCAAACGACGAUUUGAGAGAGAUUGCAAAGAAGCUGACAGAGCACAACAGUAUUUUGAAAAAAUGGAUGCUGACAUUAAUGUUACAAAAGCAGAUGUUGAAAAGGCCCGGCAACAAGCUCAAUUACGGCAUCAAAUGGCAGAGGAUAGCAAGGCAGAUUACUCAUCCACUCUUCAGAAGUUUAACCAUGAACAGCAUGAACAUUAUUAUACUCAUAUACCAAGCAUCUUCCAGAAAAUACAAGAGAUGGAGGAAAAGAGAAUAGUCAGAAUUGGUGAAUCAAUGAAAACUUAUGCUGAGGUGGAUCGCCAAGUGAUACCAAUCAUUGGGAAAUGUCUGGAUGGAAUAGCAAAGGCAGCUGAAUCUAUUGAUCAGAAAAAUGAUUCACAGUUGGUAAUAGAAGCCUACAAAUCAGGGUUUGAACCUCCUGGAGACAUUGAAUUUGAGGAUUAUACGCAACCAAUGAAGCGUACUAUAUCUGAAACUAGUCUUUCAAAUUCCAAAGGGGACAGCAAAACAGAGCUCAAAUUUGCUAGCAAGUCCAAGGGAAAAUUGUGGCCCUUCAUCAAAAAAAAUAAGCUUAUGUCCCUUUUAACAUCCCCCCAUCAGCCCCCCCCUCCUCCCCCUGCCUCUGCCUCACCCUCUGCUGUUCCCAACGGCCCCCAGUCUCCCAAGCAGCAAAAGGAGCCCCUCUCCCAUCGCUUCAACGAGUUCAUGACCUCCAAACCCAAAAUCCACUGCUUCAGGAGUCUAAAGCGUGGGACUCAGUCUUUCUCUUUUCACAAAGAACUUAUGAAGAGGACUAUAGGGAAACCUACCUAUGCCAUUGAGGCUAGGGAAUAUGUUCUUUCUCUCAAGCUGGGUGCAGGACCAGAGGACUUCAGCCACCUUCCACCAGAACAAAGAAGAAAAAAACUGCAGCAGAAAGUUGAUGAAUUAAAUAAAGAAAUCCAAAAGGAGACAGAUCAAAGAGAUGCCAUAACAAAAAUGAAAGAUGUCUACAUAAAGAAUCCACAAAUGGGAGACCCAGGCAGUUUGGAUCACAAGUUGAUAGAAGUUGGACAAAAUAUUGAAAAACUCCGACUAGAAGUGCAGAAAUUUGAGGCCUGGCUCACUGAAGUUGAAGGCAGACUCCCAGUCCGAGGGGACCAGGCCCGACGACAGAGUGGAAUGUAUGAAGCACAGACUACACCAUCAGUCAAUAACUGUGCACAAGACCGGGAGAGCAGCCCAGAUGGCAGUUAUACAGAGGAACAGAGUCAGGAGAAUGAGCUGAAGAUGAUGGCCACAGACUUUGAUGAUGAAUUUGAUGAUGAAGAACCUCUCCCUACCAUAGGAACCUGUAAAGCACUGUAUACAUUUGAAGGUCAGAAUGAAGGAACGAUUUCAAUAGCUGAAGGAGAAAUAUUAUAUGUCAUAGAGGAAGACAAAGGUGAUGGCUGGACACGAAUUCGGAGAAAUGAAGAUGAAGAAGGUUAUGUCCCCACUUCAUACGUCGAAGUCUAUUUGGACAAAAAUGCCAAAGAUUCCUAAAGGUGAUGCGCUGGUACAAGAGCCUCAAGUGAGCUUUCACAGGAGGAGAAACAAACAGUCUGCUUGUUUCCAUAGGCAACUCAAAUGGGUCAUGUGCAUAGACUUCUUGAGCUGGUCUGCAGUUAACCCUUGAAAUCUCAAUCUGAAAUGACAUCCCCACAUUACUCAGAUGCUUACUCUUUUCUUACAGCAUGUUCUUUGUGGCUCGGACUAAAACAUAGACCUUAUGCUUGGUUCUGCUGGGUGGGCUUCCCUUUCAUGGAGCUAAACUGACAGAACUGUUCUUUAAUUUCCAAUUCAAUUCAACAUUCAUGGUUGUAGGAGGUCUUCCCCUUGCAACACAAAACUAGAAACUCCGAGAAAAGUGCCCCAUGGCCUUUUAAAUUGCUCCCUAGCUCUCAGUCUGCUUGAAUGUGUGACGUGGCCCAUCUCAAUUUCACAACGUGCCUUUUGUGAUAAUUUUACAACUAGUCUCAUGAGAAGACUAAGGGAAUAUAGAACUGGAACUCCAGACAUACAUAGCUAGAUGGAGUGCUCAGAUUUUUAAAAAUGUAUUGAGUACCAUAGCAAUCAACAAUAAAUACUUCUUCCUUCCCGAAAGGCCUUGUGUAUUCAUUAGGGCUUUUUAAUAGCUGACUCUCCUGUCACACCAAACAUUCACUUUUUCAGGAUCCAGCCUGAUAGCUUAUGACUGCUUCCUUGCUUUUCUCCACCCCACCCCCAGCUUCUCCUCUUACUCCAUCAUAUAUACGUCCAUGCAUGCACCUGCAAAUGUUUGAGUUUGCAGUUCCAUCUUCAGUGUUUUCUGAAGAUCCAAUUUUAAGGCUCAUUCCAGUCUGCAUGCUUGCCCUGCUGCCCUGCCUGUAACUCACCUUUUCAUAAAGUUUGAAUAACUUUGAAGCCUAUUGUCCCUUCAGUAAUCUACCUGUUUGUUAGUAACAGUAGUUCGGACCUAUGCCUGAUCCGCGGGUAUUUUGGGCAUGAACACCUCACCUAUGCACUGUCAUAUUGGAACACAAAAAUCAUUUGGUCAUUCUUCCUAGGACCUCAGAUAGAUUCAUUAUUGUUUAUCCCAUCAAAUGGCUUUAAAUCAUCCUUUUGCAGGAAGUUAUCCCAGGACCAGAAUCAGAAAACAGUUACAUUGUUUCUAAGCUUUUAUAUUGUUUGGGCCAAUGAACAGUUUGCUUUUUGAGAUGGACUCCCUUUCCCUUCUGAAUCUUUAAUUAAUACUGAAGCCACAGCACAUGUGGCUGCUCUAAUCUUAGAUCAGCCAUUUUAUUAGCAAGUAAAGCUCUUUGGGGCUUACUAACAUUAUUUUAGCAUAGGCUGACCCAAGACAUGGGUUGGGGUCAAUUAUGAAAGCUGUGAGUUAGAAUCAAACUCGAUGCUUUUGUUUAAGACAGGCAGUAGUAAUUGUUUAGUGAAGCUUCAGCUUGGUCCCUAGUAACUAGGAAGUUACUUUGUGAACAUUCUCAUUCCUUCUUUGGGAAUCACACAUUAGAAUUUAUCUCUAGCUCAGAAGAGACAGGUGCAGAAGUGUUGUCUCUAAGGGAUGUUCAGGGCUGGGUCUGUUAACUGGCUCGAUAUGUAAAAAUUAUGGAAAUUUUUCAAAUCAGCCAGUGGGGAAAGAUGGGAGAAGGUGCUGGCUGCAUGUAUCAUGACUUCAAAAACAAGUCCUUCCAGUGGCUAGAAACCAUUAAACUAAUACUAUCUUUAGGAGGAAGAAGACUUGAGCUUAGAGGCUUGAAAAACCCCACUGGACUCUGUUUGCUCAAAUGUCAUUCCAUAGGCAGAAGCACUUUGAUGCAAUAGUUGGUCUGAGGGAAUGCUUCAAUGUCCAUCAUGGUUCAAGGAAGAGGAUUGGCUUGGGUAAAUGAAAUUGAAGUUAGAUACAUGUCAGAAAGAAGAGUAGCUCUUAUUCCCACAGUCUUGCAGAAGUAGUAUAAUUGUUGUCCUGAGGGUCAUUGGAACUAUUCAUGGUCUCUUAGAUUAUUAUGCUGUUAUAUGACAGUGCCUACUCCAAUGCAUGCUUUUCCCUUCAGAAGGGGCCAUUGCUAAUUCUUUACAAAUAUCACAAAUAAGGACCAUUCUAUACUUUAUCCUCCAACUAAACAGAAAUUUUGCUUUUGAGAUGUCAGAAUCUUGGACUGGGGUAAUUCCUUGUGUUCUGUUGAUUCUCAUUACAAGCAGAUAGAUGAAUUCUUUGCAAAAUAGGAAAUAUUUUUUAAGCUUCUAUAAUUUAUUCUUAUAAUGUCUGAUGCACUGUUGCACUCCCAUGUCAACUAUGUCCAAGGAAGACUGGAAAAUGUUUAAUUUUCCAUUGGUUCUAGGUAGACAAUAAAUUAUUAGCCUUUAUUAAGUAAUCAACUUAUUGCAAUGCCAGAGUUUCUACAUAGUGAUGUUGGAAGGACUAUUAGCUUGAGGGUACCAAUGGGGUUUAGUGGGGAAAAAUUUUAGAUGACCACAGUGAAAAUGUUGUGGAAUAAUUUACAGAUAAAAGCUCCAUCUCUUAAAUGUUUCUUUCUCUUCUUGCCUAUCACACCUCAUCUUCCCAUAACUGCUGGAAGGUUGUGGUAUCAUUUUAGAUGUUUAAUUUUAAAGAAAACUAACCCUGAAUGUUGACAAAGCAAAGUCAUUUCCCAAAAGGCAAUAUCUAAAAUUGAUCCAUCCUCAGGAUAUGCUGAAGAAAAAGUUGACAAGGCAUUAACUGCUGUGAUGGGACUUGCCUUUGAAUUUUUACCAAUUUCACCUGGUAGCAUGUUGUGGCCCUUAUAGUCUCUAAAGUAAGUGAGAUUUGCCACUAUCCCACCAGCACAGUCACUAAUGCCUUUCUGUAACAUCUGUAAAUAGAGAAUAAAAAAACAUAUUUACUGAAAAAACAUAAAAGUUGUGUUAACUUUGGAGUAUUUUUCCAUAUACUGUAUUUUGGGUUUUUGCUUCUUAUUGACUAUCUCUUCUAUUUGUAUUGUCAAAUUUUAUUUUAAUAAGCCAAAUUCUAUCUUGCUAUGAUAUUGACCAUUUUUAAAUUUUCAUUUGUGUGUGUGUGUGUGUGUUAGAGAGAGAGAGAGAGAGAGAGAGAGAGAGAGAGAGAGAGAAAAUGAGAAUGAGAAUGUGAAUGUGCUUAGUGUGGGCUAAGCACUAACUUAGACUUUCGUAGAGUAUCUCUUGUGACUCAUUGCCUUUGGAAGGGUCCUGGCAUUUCCCAUGUUUCUGGAGAUGGAAUUCAACCAAAUGAAGGCAAACAUUGUUCUUGUAACUAUAUGAAAUCAUCUAAAUAUAAAAUAAAAAUAUGACUUCUAGUGUA